GGUUGUAUCGAUGUGAAAACAAACAGUCUGAGCAGCAGAACACGCAGCAACCACAGAGCAGACAGAGUCUGACACUGUAGUAAGGGGCCAGACUGGGGAGAGCAUGGCACGUUCUACGUCCAGGGCAGAAGGUCUUUCCACGGAGCCCGACACCAAGAUGUUCUGCUGGCAAUGCUGGAAACGCUGCCUCCCCCAGGCUUACAGAGGGGAGCUGUACCACAUCCUGCGCAUGACGGGACCCCUGCUUGCGUGCCGCUUCCUGAAUUUCCUUCUUUUCUUUGUGGUCACAAUGUUCUGCGGCCGUUUGGGGAACACAGUGCUGGCGGGAUACGGCAUGGCGUCUGCUACAAUAAAUGUGACGACCGCAGCAACUGGAUUGGGUCUUGCUUUGGCGUGUGAUACGCUGGUUUCACAGACGUUUGGGAGCAAGAACCUGCUGCAGGUGGGGGUGAUUUUGCAGAGAGGCAUUCUGAUCCUGCUUCUCUUCUGCCUGCCCUGCUGGGCCCUGCUCAUCAACACCCAGUCCCUCCUCCUCUGCCUGGGACAGGAGCCCGAGGUGGCCAGGAUAGCACAUCUCUACGUUGUCACUUUCCUCCCUGCGGUCCCAGCCAUGUAUCUUUACCAGCUACAGCUGUCUUAUCUGCAAAACCAGGGUGUGAUUUUACCUCAAAUGUACACAUCUGUGCUGGCCAAUAUCAUGAAUGUGAUAGCUAACUACGUUCUGCUGUUUUGGUGGGAUCUUGGUGUACAUGGGUCUGCAGUAGCCAACAGUUUUGGCCAAGUUUUCAUCUGCUUUGCUCUGUUUGCUUACAUUCGCCUAAAGAAACUCCAUGUCCACACAUGGGGAGGCUGGUCCGCCGAGUCACUGCAGGACUGGGGUGCCUACAUGAAGCUAGCCAUUCCUAGUACAUUAAUGACAUGCUUUGAAUGGUGGAUCUAUGAGAUCGGUGGAUUCUUAGCAGGAAUGUUAGGAGAGGUAGACCUUGCAGCUCAACAUGUGGUCAUAAUGCUGGCAUAUAUAAACUACAUGAUCCCAUUAGGCCUGCAAGGUGUGGCGUGCGUGCGUGUGGGCAACGCACUAGGAGCUGGAGACACAGCUGGAGCCAUCCUCACUAGCAAGGUUUCUCUCACCUGCGGAGCUGUUCUGGCCAUCAUUCAGGGUCUUGUGCUGGGGUCCACUAAAACAGUCAUUGGCUUCAUGUUCACCUCAGAUGAGACCAUAGCAGAGUUAGUCUCUCAACUCAUGAGUAUCUACUGCCCCCUUCAGUUCUUUAACGGAAUUUUGUGUGUUGGUAUGGGAGUUGUCCUAGGCACAGGGCAGCAGAAGAUUGCAGCCAUUGCCAAUCUGUUGGGUUACUACGGCAUUGGCCUUCCACUAAGCGUCGCUCUCACUUUUCCUGCCAAGCUCCAUGUCGCAGGCUUCUGGUUAGGCCUUUUGGUUGCUGUCUUUCUGCUGGCAAUAUUUUUCAUUGUCGUCAUCUUCAAAUUAAACUGGAAGAAAAUGACAGAGGAGGCUGUCGACCGUGCUGGAAUGGGAAAGAAAAGCACAGCAAGGCACCAAGAGCUUCGAUCCAGCCACCGACUCUCUGAUAGCUUCUUCCAAGCAAUGAGUAACGGAGAGAUGCAGAACGGGCCCAGCUACCAGGCCAUGAGCUAUCAGGUCCAGGACGAGAAGAAGACCGUCUCAGAGGCCCAGGAGAGGCUGAGAGCGGACCAGGAGGACGAAAAAAGAACAGCACCGCUGUCCACCUCUCAGCUCGUCAUCAGGAGAGGCCUGACCACUCUCGCUGCCACCCUCGUCCUCGCCGUGGGGACGGCCGUCCACCUCUUCCUGCCCCUGCCUGAGCUGGACCCUGCGACCAACAGCACUUUGGUCUGGGAGAACUUCACAUCUCCUUCUCCGCUCACCCCACAGACAUUAUCUGUUUGAGUCUGGAUGACCAGGUCAUUUUCUAUUACCAUAAGAAUUAAUACAUAGUUGUAGACAUUUAGCUGCUGAGAUGAGGAAUAUUCCAAGGGAUUUGAUGAAAUUAUUCAUUUUGUCCAAAGCCGUUUAAAUGAAAAUGUUUUCACUAUUUAUCCAAAUUAAUCUAACAUGCUACAAAAUAUUGUGUAAUAUAAAGCUGGAAAUCACUUGUUUUUUAUUUCAUCUAUAUUAUUCAUAUUUAGAGAGAACAUUGCAGGUAAACAUGAGGAUAUCUCCAGCAAUUAAGCAUAUAUCUAUUAAUAUUUUUAAUAUAAGUGUAAUGCAAAUUUGUAGCUCAGUAAACAGACAAUAAAGUAUAACAACAGAUUGUAAAUAUUUAAUCACUUGUAGCAUUAUACCGUCACAUAGUCUCCUGACUAAGAACAGUCGCAGAUACAAAUACCCAUAAAUAAAACUAAAGGAUAGCAAUUCUCUCAGGUGGCUUUUUUACUACUUGCAUCGUGUUCUCCAGAGCUUAAUCCGAGCACCAUGGCUGCCAGCGCAAG